AUGAAGUUCACGAUAGCUUUUCUUUGGACACUACUGUUACGUUACACAGUCGCAUCGACUACUUCAAGCUCGACAUAUGAUUCAGUAACAAGCUCUUCCAACGGUGAAUCAUCAUCAUUGUCCUGGAUUUCUAGACCUGAUCCUUCCACUGCAUUCACAUCUCUUCCUAAAUCUGCCGUCACAACUUUGUCCAUCGAUUCAAUGUAUACUAUCACGGAAGGUACCACUAAGACUUACACCUCCUCCAGAUCAGCAACAAGCAUAUGGGUUACUGUAGUCUCUGCAGGUGUCACCAUUACAGUACAAACUACAUUUGCUCAAAGAUUCAGCUCUCAAUACACUGCUGUUGCUAGUCCAUCUUCUGGAUCCGUAGGUUUAGGUUCCAUUUCUGGCAGUGUCGGAUACGUUAAGAGCACCUUAGAAUACACCAUUACAGACGGGGCCAAUGGCAUGAGACUAUUGAACAGUGGCUCUGCUGUUGGAUUGAUUGCCAUGUUCAUUACCUUGUUUAUUUAG